UUGCAUCUUCUUUCUUCCCCAAACCUGGAACUCAUUCUUCAAACUCCAUUGUUUCGCGGCGUGAAACUGCAAACGUUGAUUAGCAAAUCAUGGUUCUAUCGAACAAGAAGCUGAAGCAGAAGCUUAGAGCUGAAUCAGCUCAAAACCUAAUCAACUCCAACGCUGUUGUUGUUGCUGCUCCUGAUACCUCUUUCAAACAGCUUUUGGAUACUGCUAGCCACACACCCAGAUUGUCCAAGAGAGAUGUUCUCAGAAAGCUUCGAUCGUUGCAACCCCCUUCAAAAGCUGCUGCUCCCAAAGAUAAAGGAACGAACAAGGAAAAUGGGGUUGAGGAUUCAGGCAAUCAGAAGAAGAAGAACAACAACAAGAAGAGAAAAGGGGAGGUGAAGGAUGAUGAUGAUGUGACUAAUGGGGUGAUCAGCGAUGCCAGUGAAUCAAAGAAGCAGAAGCAGAAUAAGGCGAAAUCUAAGAAGCAGAAUAAGGCGAAAUCGAAGGAGCAGAAGCAGAAUAAGGUGACAGAAAACGGUUCAAAUAAUGAACCGGAAAUGUCAGAGGCUACAGAGUUAACCAAGACCAAUCCCUCUAUCAGUGAAGACAAUGGUGGUGUUCCUACAAAAGUUUAUGUUGGAGGAAUUCCAUAUUAUUCAACUGAGGAUGAUAUUCGAAGUUAUUUUGAAAGCUGUGGCACUAUCACUGAAGUUGAUUGCUUGAGUUUUCCUGAUACUGGGAAGUUUAGAGGGAUUGCCCUUAUUAGUUUUAAGACUGAAGCGGCGGCCAAACGAGCAUUGGCUUUGGAUGGAGCUGACAUGGGAGGACUCUUUCUUAAAAUCCAACCAUAUAAAAUCCAAUCACAGAAGUCAACUCGAUUCGCUCCAGAAACAGUAGAGGGAUACAACAGAAUAUAUGUUGGUAAUUUGUCAGGGGAUAUAAAAGAGGGAGAAUUGAGGAAAUUCUUCUCCAAUUGCAAUAUAACAUCACUGCGAUUCGGUAUGGACAAGGAAACGGGGGAAUUCAAAGGGUACGCCCAUGUCGAUUUUGGCGAUAGUCAGUCACUGAAGACAGCGCUUACUUUGGACCAAUGCGUUUUGCUUGGAAGACCUGUCAGGGUAAGUCAUGCAGUUCCUUUGAAGAAUUUGAAGAAAAAAACAGAUGAGGAGCCGGGAUCCACUGGAAAUACCAAGAUGAAGAAUAGGAGAUGUUACAAUUGCCAUGAAAAGGGACAUUUUGAUUCUCAAUGCCCGAAGAAAAUACCUGCAGUUCCUUUGACGGAUUUGCAGGAAAAACCAGAUGAGGAGCGUGCAGUUCCUUUGACGAAUUUGGAGGAAAAACCAGACGAGGAGCCAAGAUCCACUGGAAAUACCAAGAUGAAGAAUAGGAGAUGUUACAAUUGCCAUGAAAAGGGACAUUUUGAUUCUGAAUGCCCGAAGAAAAUACCUGCAGUUCCUUUCACGGAUUUGCAGGAAAAACCAGAUGAGGAGCGUGCAGUUCCUUUGACGAAUUUGGAGGAAAAAUCAGAGGAGCCAAGUUCCAGUUUAAGUAACAAGAAGAAGAAUAGGAGAUGUUACAAUUGCCGUGAAAAAGGACAUCUUGAUUCUGAAUGCCCGAAGAAACAAUCUUCCAUCGUGUAGACAGUUUGAUUGUAGAACUCAAUGUCAUUGGUUUUGUUUCUUCAAGUAGGUGUUGUUUCUUCAAUCGACAAUUAUUUAUAUCUUGAAAUUUUGCUUAACGAAAUUCAUCAAUAGCUGCAAGAGAUUGUGAAAUUUUAUGGUUAUCUGUGCCUGUGUUUACUAUCUGAUUGAUAAUUUGUUUUUUUGUUCAA